AUGUCACGUGUAGGUGUUUUAUGUUCAAGCACCUACACUGCCUUGCUCAUUGCAUGUUUGGAGUGUCAUAAUUUACUCCAGACUGACAUAAUCCCGUGUAAAUUGAGUUAUAACACGAGCCGUGCUACGUCAAAUUUUAUCAUUUUCGUUCACAGCAGCUUCCUAAUGAAGCUAAGGCCGACUACCUUACUGAUAGCAGUCGCUAGCGCUUCCCUCAUUGUGUUGCAAUAA